ACUAGAUCAUCAAUUCUGAUGUAUCUUGUCAUAAAAUUUGGUUCAUUUGUUAAGGACCGGGCUUAUAUCUUAUAAGGACAUGAAAUCCGUUACCAAUUUAAAGACCCUGUUGGUGGCUUACCCUGAUAAGUUCAGAAAUCCAACUCGUCUAAAAAAUAUCUGAUGUAUCACACGUCAGAAAGUAGGACCCUUCUCUAGUGACAGAUUUGUCUAUAUAUAUCUUACUUGUAUCUUCUUUUCUGCAUCCCAAAUUCAACCACCUACUGCAUCAAAAAAUUCUUAAGGAUGGCCACAGCAGAAGAAAUUUCAACUUUGAAACUGUUGCGCCAAUAUCUCUUGGGGGAUAUUUCAGACCCUUUUCUCACCAAUCUCAUUCCAGUAAAACUCGAAGACCGCUCAUCAGAACUUGAUAUGGGUUCAAACUUCUCAGAACAUAGCAGCUUCUGCAAGUUGCUAGAAUGCAUUGAUUUUGAAGCAGACACAGAAGUGGUAGGUCUCACGUCUCAUCAUAAGGUCGAAAACUCCAUUGAAACAAGUCUUCCACAUAAUUCCAAUUUGCCAGAAGAACCAAUGGUGUCAACGAAAAAGGAAGCAACAUGUUAUGCAACAAGGCGUUACAGAGGUGUGAGGAGAAGGCCAUGGGGGAAGUUUGCGGCAGAGAUUCGCGACCCCAAAAAGAAAGGGAGCAGGGUGUGGCUUGGCACAUUUGACACUGAGAUUGAUGCUGCUAAGGCUUAUGAUUGUGCUGCCUUCAGAAUGAGGGGUCACAAAGCCGUGUUGAAUUUCCCUCUGGAGGCUGGAAUGUCUCAUCCAGAGCCCAACAGUAGUGGCAGGAAAAGGAGAAGAGAUUAUACAACAGCUGUCACAAGUUCAAGUCAUGUCAUGUCAUGAGAAAUAAUUCAGUGUGGGAUAACCAUGUUUUUCUUUUGGCAUUUUUUGUCAGUUACAUAAGUUAAUGCAAGGUUUUAUAGUUCUACUACAGUUGAGCGUGAUGAGGUCUGUUAUUUAUAUCCUUGACUUAUGAUUAAGGGAAGCAAAUGGGGUGAAAUUGAAUUAAACCAAGAAUUAAACAGUUCAUAAAGAAACCUAGUUCUACUUUUUUA